AUGCUUCUUGCCACUUGUGUCGUUGCUCUCUUCUGUUUUAUACCUGCGAGCAGUUUGGCUCCUCCGAACUGUGAGGACCUGGUCCGGCCUCUGGAUCAUGUGGAUGGUCAUCAACUGGACGGACGAUGGGCUAUGAUUGCAGGCAGUCUGGUGGACCCGAAACACGUGGAGAGGUUCAAAAGUAGAGACAGUGCAGUCAUAAAGUUCUCCAAUGCCAGCGAUACCUCCAAUACCAGCAACCUUUUGUUAGAGCGCAUGUUUGGUUUUGGUGACAAAUGCGAGUAUCAUCCCUCCAACAUCACACUUGAGGGCAACGGCUUCUCCUCCAGUAACGUCUCCAUAACCUUCAUCCAUACCGGCUGUUCAGACUGUUUGUUAAUGCGUUUUACUGAGGCAGGAGCACUCAGGAACUUGUACCUGUUCAGCAAGAGGAGGGAGGUGGAGGGGGAUGUGAUGGAUGAGUUCAAGACUCAGGCAGAGUGUGUGAAAAGUCAACCACCUGUGAUGAUGGAUUCCUCCAAGAAGCUCUGUCCGGACCAGAUGCCCACCCUGCCUGAAAUUGAAGAGUUGGCAGAGAAGCUAAAGGCAGUAGAGAAUGUAGCUCCUGAUGCAUGA